AUGGAAACGCCACGGAAUCUGCUGCAGACUCCCGAGCCGCACCAGCAAAUCCACCAGAGACUCCGAUCCAGUGAUACAGGUGAAUGGCUCCACCAGCAGCGCGUGCGUGCCGUGCAAAAAUUCGACUCGUUUGUCACAAUUGACUGGAUGGACGAUGAGUUGGAGGAACACCGCCAGCGGUUGGCAAAGAGACGCCAUGCAAAAACCAUGCGUGAGCAGCUAGUCGAUUUCUCGCGCACCUGGGUGGUGCUUGCAGCCAUCGGGGUCGCAAUUGGCGCCAUAGCAGCGUCCUUGAACGUAAUCACCGCGUGGCUAGCUGCGCUCCGUUUCGGCUACUGCUCGUCACAAUUCUACCUCAGCAAAGCCUUCUGCUGCUGGGUGGCGCCAGACGCAGAGGGCUCGUGCACGGACUGGUCUAUGUGGCUGCGCUUUGCAGUGUUGCGGUACUUCGUGUACCUUGUUUUCCUGGCGCUUUUCCUGGCCGUGGCGGCGCUUUUAGUCAAGGUAUAUGCGCCGUUCGCCGCGGGCUCCGGUAUAUCCGAAAUCAAGUGUAUUGUGUCGGGGUUCGUCAUGAACGGCUUUUUGGGCUGGGCAACGCUUGCCAUCAAGAGCUUGGCCUUGCCUUUGGCCAUUGCCCUGGGACUCUCGCUCGGCAAAGAGGGCCCCUCGGUCCACUACGCCGUGAGCGUGGGAAACUCGGUGUCGGGCUUGUUCCGCCGCUACCGUGAGUCUGCUUCCAUGUCGCGUGAAUUCCUAACUGCCGGCGCGGCGGCGGGCGUGGCUGUUGCGUUUGGCUCGCCGAUGGGAGGGGUACUAUUUUCCAUGGAGGAGAUAUCUUCCGUCUUCCAGCUCCCCACGCUCUGGAAGUCAUACGUGUGCUCUUUUAUUGCCGUCGCCACGCUAGCUGCAUUCAAUCCGUUUCGGACGGGGCAACUAGUUUUGUUUGAGGUCACCUACGAUACCUCGUGGCACUUCUUCGAGCUUCCGUUCUACGCAUUGUUGGGGGUGUUUGGCGGGCUCUACGGAAUCACCGUGUCCAAGUUGAACAAGCGCGUGACAGGUUUCCGAAAGACGUAUUUGGCUGACUACGCCGUGCGCGAGGUAGUCACGUUGGCAGUCUUUACUGCUAUGUUUUGCUACUUCAAUGAGUACCUCAAAGUUGACAUGACUGAAGCAAUGCAGAUGUUGUUUUCUGAAUGUCUGUCAAACUCCACUAAUGCUUUAUGUGACCCGAAAUCUAGUAAGUCAAAGCUAAUAGCCUCUUUGCUUUUUGCUACCGUUGCUAGACUGUUCUUGACUGUGGUCACGUAUGGCUGCAAGGUUCCAGCGGGUAUCUUUGUGCCGUCGAUGGCUGCGGGUGCAACUUUCGGGAGGGCAAUUGGAAUUUUGGUGGAACACUUGAACAAUAAGUUUGAAAACCUGCUGUUCUUCGCCUCGUGCCCGGAGGAAGGACCAUGUGUCAUCCCGGGUACAUAUGCUCUAAUAGGUGCUGGUGCUGCGCUUAGUGGCAUCACUCAUUUGACAGUGACCGUAGCUGUCAUCAUGUUCGAGCUCACGGGUGCCGUGAAGUAUAUCAUUCCGACAAUGGUGGCUGUUACCAUCACCAAACUUAUCAAUGAUAAAUGGGGCCAAGGAGGCAUUUCUGAUCAGAUGAUUGUGUUCAACGGCCUCCCCUUCAUAGACUCCAAGGAAGAAUUUAUUUUUGAUACCACCGUGGGCACGGCAAUGUCCACGGUUACUGUUGUUUUCACUUCUCGAGAUUUGCAUACUGUCUCAUAUAUGAGGCAGAUUUUGGUGGAGACACCGUACAGGGGCUUUCCUAUUGUUCACAGCGAGGAGAAUCCUCGUAUCGUUGGAUAUGUACGCAGAGUUGACGUGGAGGAAGCUAUUGGGCCUAUGGAGGCGAGCAGAAAAUGCACCUUUAUGGGCAAUACUAGUGGUCAUCUGGUCGACGUGCUUGACCUUUCUUCGAUCGUCAACCCUGCGCCUUUGGUCGUGAACAUAGAUACAACGCUUGAGUAUCUCAUGGAUAUUUUUGUCAGAUUGGGGCCUCGCCAUGUUCUUGUUGAAUCCAAUGGACAUCUUGCGGGAACAAUAACAAGAAAAGAUAUUUUGCGCUACGAGCACACUACCCAUGAGCUUCAUUCCCCUCAUGUGCACAAUGAUGUCUUGGACAAAAAAGUAUGGAAAAAAUUCCAAAAUGCUGGUGAGUGGAUACGAAAACUACUCAGGCGAGCGGGACUUGCUGCUCUUUCGAAGCACGUUUAA